AUGUACCGGUUUCCGUCGUUGUUCCGGCCGCCGUGUCGGAUCCGUGACCGGGGCGGAUCUGCGCCGAAUGAGAAGCGCUCCAUGCUCAGCAUCAUCAGCGGGAGCCAGGUGGAGGACCUCUUGGUGGAGGACUUCUCGGUGGAGGACCUCUUGGUGGAGGACUUCUCGGUGGAGGACUUCUCGGUGGAGGACUUCUCGGUGGAGGACUUCUCGGUGGAGGACUUCUCGGUGGAGGACUUCUCGGUGGAGGACUUCUCGGUGGAGGACUUCUCGGUCAGUGAGUCGCCGCUGAGCUGCUGUCCUCCGGAGGAGACCGAGGCGGCGGUGCUGCCCGGGCCGCUGGCGCCCUCCGCCUCAGCCGACCUGCUUAAGCCGUCCACCAGCGACGAUGCCGAACGCUCGCCCGUCUCAUCCGCGCCGUCCAGUCCCAACCGGAUGAAAAGCAACCAGCGCUGGAUGAAGCUAAGGACAACUGUGCAGCUGUCUGGCGCGCUGACCUCCGCACACAAACAGAAGCCUACUCUCAAGCGCGAGGACUCCUUCAUCACCAGGUUCUCGACCAGACAAAUCGUGGAGGCGCAGGACACAGUAGAGGACCCGCUGGCUGACGGCGAGAAGAUCUCCGGCGGGGCCGAGCCUCACGUGCGCAGGCGGCGCCGCAAGCCGCCGUGGAGCGUCAUCAACCCCGACGAGAACUUCUACUUCUGCUGGCUCUUCCUGCUGACGCUGUGUGUGCUGUACAACGUGUGGACGCUGAUCGUGCGCCAGGCGUUCCCCGAGCUGCAGCGGAACGUGCACCGCUGGUGGGUUGCCUGCGACGUGCUCAGCGACCUCGUCUACCUGAGCGACAUCGUAGUCCAGCUGCGCACCGGCUACCUCGAGCAGGGCCUCAUGGUGUACGAUUCGAAGAAGCUGGCGCGCCACUACGUGUUCUCGCGACCGUUCGUGUUGGACCUCCUGGCCGUGCUGCCGGUGGACAUGCUGCAGCUUGUGCUCGGCGUGUACCCGAUGCUGCGCUUCCCGCGCUUCAUCAAGGUGUACCGCACGCGCAGUUACUACUACAUGGUGGAGUCGCGGACGCUGUUCCCGAACGUGUGGCGUGUGGCGAUGCUGGUGCAUGUGCUGCUGCUGCUGGCGCACUGGUUCGGCUGCUUCUACUACCUGCUGUCGGAGGCCGAGGACUUUCGUGGCAACUGGGCGUAUCCAUACUACUUGUCCAGCGAGUUCACCACGCUCACCCGCAAGUACCUGGGCUCGCUCUACUGGUCAACGCUCACGCUGACCACCAUUGGGGACCUGCCCACGCCCGACACCAACUACCACAGCAAUCGAUCUACCCUGUAUUUCGCCAACUCGAGCGCCGGUAUAAUGGGCCGGAGGAACUUCAAAUCGCGCCUGACGCAGAUCAACUCUAACACAGGGUACCUUUUCACCAUCGUGAGCUACCUCAUAGGAGUAUUCAUCUUUGCUACAAUUGUUGGCCAGGUGGGCAACGUGAUAACAAAUCGAAAUGCCAAUCGUCUGGAGUUUGAGAGACUGUUGGACAGCGCCAAGCUGUACAUGCGCCACCACCGUGUGCCGCGUGACAUGCAGCGGCGCGUGCAGCGCUGGUACGACUACUCCUGGUCACGCGGCCACAUUCAGGGAGGCGGCGACAUCAACGCUGCGCUCGGCCUGCUGCCUGACAAGCUGCGCACCGAGCUCGCUCUCCACGUCAACCUGAUGACGCUCAAGAAGGUGACUAUUUUCAAGGCUUGUCAGCCGGAGUUUCUGCAUGAUCUGGUGCUGAAAAUGCGAGCCUACAUCUUCACUCCGGGAGACCUGAUCUGUCGCAAGGGCGAGGUGGCCCGCGAAAUGUUCAUCAUAGCUGACGGCAUCCUGGAAGUCAUCAGCGAGAGCGGGAAAGUCCUCACCACGAUGAAGGCGGGGGACUUUUUUGGCGAGAUUGGCAUCCUCAAUUUGGACGGGCUAAACAAGCGAACAGCCGACGUGCGCUCCGUGGGCUAUUCUGAGCUGUUCAGCCUCUCGCGCGACAACGUGCUGAGUGCAAUGCGCGACUACCCGGAGGCGCAGGAGAUUCUCCAGACACUGGGACGGCGCCGCCUGCUCGAGGCCCGUAAGGCAUCCAACGUGCGGGCGGUGCCGAACAACGUGUCAACGCCCGCGGCGAACGGCCCGCCAGAUUCGGACAGGAAGAGCACCGCACGGCGUCGACCUGAGGUCAUUAAACACGUACUGCGCCGGGUCAAACGCAUCGACAGCGGUGACGCCGAGCUCGAGCUGACGGCCUUCUCGUCGGACGAGCGCCCCGACGAGGACGGCGAGCCGAGGAAGAGCCGGCGCGCCUCUCAGAGUGUCACCGCUUGCCAGGCGUCGGAAACCGAGCCCUCGCACCCGCUCACCAACCCGCUCAGCAGUCCGUCGCGCCGCGCAGCUGAUGACACGGUGUUUCGCUGCGACGGGCGCAGCAUCAGCGACGUGAUUCACGGCUCGGUGCCGUCGGUCGGCUCGCCCACCGGCUCGGACACGUCGCAGCGGCGCGGCCUCAAGAGCAUCCUGCGCCGGCUGGGCGGCUCGCGUGCAGGGCUACCUGGCGCGUAA